GUCGUUAUUUCCUUCUUCCUUCGAAACAGAUACCCAUUACGUCAAAAGUUUGUUCUUAUCAAUUGAUGGGCCAGUCUCUUUAAUUCGAGCUUCUGCAUCCAGAAGCUGGAACAUCUCGUCCCUUGGGCCACUUUCUUGGUCUGCUAGCUUCUUCAUCAGCAUUCGAUAGCUCUCACAAGCCAUCCACACCUUACACGCCUGUACUGCGGCACAAGCAACAUCUCUCAAUCUCAACAUGUCUGACCCAUCGGCUUUAGACCUUAUGACAAUCGAUACUGAAACUACAAACGAGUUUCAAUUCGGCGAAAUCGAUACCACAGUCGAUAUGGAAGUCCUGCCCACGACGGCCGUUGAAACACAGCCAGAUGAUGCGCAAACAGCUCCCGUCGAAGUCGAAGCUCACCAGCAACUACCUGCGCCAAUCGCGCAAAUAGAAAUUGAGCCUGCGCCAAUUGAGCAUCACCACGAUGUACAGACACCGGCUCGUGUGUCAACUCCAGCGUCAGCUGUUGAACAAGAAUCGUACCAGCCACAGUUCUCUCUUGCAACUUCACGAUUCAUCAUGAGUCGUCACAGAGGCGCUACCCCAGCAUCACCACCGCCCCAUCUCGUCGCAACUCCUCCUCCUCCUCCUCCAACUCCUGAGGUCGCCCCAGAGGAAGUCGAAGAGAUACCUGUGGACUACUCGCACCUGCCUAUGACUGUUUAUCUCCCGUACGCAGAACCUCAAUCAAUCCCGCCCAACCUAGUACCAUCUUCUGGGGCAAAGCGGAAGCGCGCGGUAGCGGAAGAUGAGGCUUCCCGGAAAUCCGCAAAUAUCCCCGCCUACCAGGAACCCGCCAUCCUCAAGCGUCCCGUACCCAGACCGCCGGUGAAGAGGAAGCGCACCAAGGAUGACGGCAGCGGAAACCCAAUGUGCGUCAAGUGCAACCGCAUCUCCGCCACCGACGGCAACGUCAUUGUCCCCUGCGGCUGCGGCGAGGCCUGGCACCAGCUUUGCCAUGACCCAGAGAUCUCAGCAGACGCCCUGGGCGGCGGUUCCUCCAAGUUCAAGUGCGUCACCUGCAAGGAGGAGGACAAGCAGCAGGCCAAGUAUCAGCGAGAGCUUGCAAAGUACCGCGAGGCGAAGCAGGAGCAGUCGGAGUGGAAGAAGCACCACAACGAUGUAGAGAGGAAGCGCGAGAAGAAGCUUGCUACGCUGCCAGAGUUUCCCAAGCCGAGCCUCAUUGGCUUUGAAGGAGGCAGUGCUAGUGGCAGUGAGAGACGAGAGUACUUUUCAGAUCUCAAGAGGAGCGAUCUCAUCAACCUCCUCUUAUUCAGCGAACAAAUCCACUCCGGCCUUCUCGUAGACGUCCUCGCCUCUGUCUCUAAGAAGCACCCCGACCUGCCUCUCUUCGGCUCGCCAGAUUGGGCCGAACCAAAAGUUCAACACCGAGAAUCACAGCCCCGCCGCCAGCAGGACCACCGCCCAGCUUCCAAGCCCUCAAAGCAGCGGUCCAAAACAGGCGGCGUCCGCAAGAUCCUCAAGACUGCACCCACCGGCGCAGCCGACCAAGCAGAAGCAGACGCCGAAGACUCGGAGGAUGCACUCCCCGAAUCCUGGCCCAAAGCCGGACAUGGUCUCUAUCAGCGCCUGAAGUCCGAGAAGGAUGACCCGAUGUUGUACGACGACAACGACGAGGAGGCGUUUAGCCACUUCAUGGUCGACAAGUACGGGAAGCAGAUUAUGGAGCCCCUUGCGGGUUAGGAGCCCGGCAACCCUCAAUAUGAGAGCUUCGACAAAGAUCAGCGGGAUAAGGCUUUGGGAUUUCUGCACAAGAAGUUGGCGGGUGUACCCUACAGUGCUGCUCGUGCGGCAGCGACUCCCGGGGAUGGUGAUGCGCAGAUGGUGGACUUGACAGGCAAGUCCGAUACGGAAGCAGGCUAGCCACCUGCGUCUACCACGCCCAAGGCUGAUACCAUCGAGACCUCGACAAAGGGACGGCAGACGAAGCGAAGCAAACGGGCCGGCACAGUCGUCGCUGAAGAGGCGUACUCUACAUCCAAAGAGAUGGCUCACAUGAAGCCAUGGCACCUGUAAAAGUACCCGAAAUGAUCGCAG